GUCAAUCGGUUGUGAUUCAUCUGCCAUGGCCUCCCAACCGCCGCCGCCGCCGGAAAAAUUCCCCCAACCCGCUCCCACCACCAUAUUCACCAUCGGCGACGACCUCCUCCUCGAGAUCUUCGUCCGCCUCCCCUCGCUGCCGUCCCUCGUGCGCGCCGCCUUCGCCUGCCGCGCCUUCCUCCACGCCGUCCGCUCCUUCCCCACCUUCCGCCCCCGGUUCCGCGACCUCCACCCGCCGCCGCUCCUCGGCCUCUUCGUCAGCCACCGCGUCGGAGACAUCCCUUCCUUCGUGCCCCUCCGCGGCCUCGCCGACCCGGACCAAUCCGCCGUCGUCCGCGGCUCCGAUUUCUUCCUCACCCGGGUCCCCGACGACCAGGGCUUCUGGAACGUCACCCACUGCGGCCACGGCUACCUCCUCCUCCACAACUGGGAACACAGGCUCUUCGCCGCCUACAGCCCGCUCGCCGGCGUGCUGCACCGGAUCACCGCGCCGCCGGAGGCCGUCCGGGAGCUCUACAUCCUGUCUCCCCCGGAACAGCCCCACGGGUCCUUCCGCCUCGUCUGCGUCCAGGAGGACGGCCUGCAGGUGCGCGCCGUCGUAUUCUCGUCCGACACCGGGGAGUGGCAGGUUCUGCCGUGGGUGCAGGCCGCGGCGAUCAACAAAAACCACCCCGGGGACGACAAGCACUGCCUCCCGCCCAGGACUGGCAAGCUCGUGGAUGGGCGCAUCUACUGGACGAGACACGACUACGUGAUCGUGCUCGACACCGUGACGCUGCAGUUCUCUUCCAUGAACCUGCCGCCGUACAUGUACGGGCAGAAACCUUUUGUGGUUGGCGAGACCAAGGAUGACAAGCUCUGCAUGGUUUGCGCGAUCGAUGAGGAGGACACGAUCGCUGUUUGGGUCUGGAGAGCUGACGCUGGCCGUGUCGAGGAAUGGGUGCUGGACAAGGAGAUCGAAUUGGAGGAUCUGUCCGCGCUGAAGCUGGUGGCGGUUAAGCAGGGCUUUGUGCACUUACACUGGAUGGCCGUUGAGGAACCGGGAAAUGUUCCUCUUUGCCACUUCUUCUCCCUCUGCCUGGAGAAAGAAGAGAUGAAGAAGAUCUUUGCUCUCUAUGAAUACGAAAUGGAGUGGUCCUAUCCCUACAUCAUGCCGUGGCCUUCUUCCUUGGUGUGCAACAAGGUGAACCCUCAAAUUUAAGCUGAUGGUCGACCAAGAACAAGGAUACUCAAUCCAUAUUAUUUUGUUGCACUACACUUAAUCGGUAUGUUAUGUGCUCAUGGUUUGCUAUGGUAUUAGGAUGCAAUGCUGGUUAGUUUAUUCACUUGUAGAAUAAGUCAAGACGAUGGAUGUUUUUAGGAAUCACAACCAGUCAUCUGUGAACUUUCUUUGAGCAAUAAUAAUCUGUGAACUUCUGUAUGUCCAAAAAUAAGUACCCCAUUCUUAGCUUCUUUGAUCAUUGCCAGCUCUGUGCUAGAGCUUUGAGUAAAUGACCUGUUUGGAAGAUCAGUCCUAUCCUGGGCUAACCAUAUUGUACUGCUCAGCCUAUAUUGACCAUGUUGCCGUUGCAAAGACAAAUUUGAUGAUCUUUUAGCCGGUUGCUUCA